CAUGUCUUUUGUGAUAUUUCAGAAAGGUAGCGAGUAGAUCCUUUUCGUGAGCGAAGUCCUCUAAGUGAAGGGCAAGGUUUUUACGACUUCAAGCCGGAAAUUUCAAUGUCAGUCGUGAUGAGAUUGGCCCUUUGUUAUAGAGUAUGGGAGUUUAUUAGCCACUUCGCUUUCUGUGGGUUACAACUUUUUCGCAAUUUCUUUUGCAUUGUGCUUGUGAAGGAACACACUUAUUAUUGUUACCCACAUUUGAAAGGGCUUUUAAAGGUGCGUAUCCAGCAUUUCAUUGGCCCAAUUUCCUGGGAACCGUGACUCUACUAUGCUUUUGCAUGUGCCCAUACAUUUUUUUGUCAUAUAGUUUAUGCUUACGCUAUUGUUUUAUAGCAUCCUACCACAACUGGGAGAAAAACGCCCUAAAUUUUUAAAUUCGGGCCUAUGUUGGACGAUAUAGACCCCUCAAUCCUUAAGAACCGAAAGCAUCAUGACAUCACGAAGAGAUGUACGCAAAGGUGUUUUAUCAUAAAUAUGAAAUGAAUGAAUGAUAUAAAUUUAGAUUACAGACUGUGUCGAUGUUCUCGAUUUCUCGGCAACAUCGUCACUCCGUCACGGAGAGCUGCCUAAUUAGCUUUAGCCAAGGCAACACACAGGUGAAUAACAUCUUACCUAAUCAUAUCACGGAUAUAUGGAGCAGUUAUGAAACAGAAUAAUCGGACGAUAAUACCUUAAUACCUUACGAGAAGGGCCUUUUAAUCUGUAACUCUCAUUGUCUGCUUUGCUACGCUUUGAUGCCCGAGCCUUUGAAAAGGCUUAAAAUGGGAAACUCAAGAUUCUUCAGACGACUUCAAGCGAAUCACUUUGAUUUUAUUUUGGAUACAAGCACAUGUGUUCUUUUCGUCUCUAUGUAUCUGCAGAUCAUCCCUGGGCCUCGAACUGUUGUAUUUGGACCAUAUUCUUGCUAGACUUCGGGCGGAAACGCUGGACUUUUCCUGAAAAGUUAUUGAAGCAGAAUGAUUUUUGUAUUGUGACAUCCAGCUUAAAAAUGCUGGGUAAAAAUGUUCAUGACAUUUCAUUAUUGUUAUGAUAUUUUGAAUCCAGGAAUGUAGCUUUUAUCUUUUCACAACGUGGUGUCGUUGACGAGUAACUUUCAGAGUAUAUUUAUCUCACAAUAAACAUUUCGUCACACCUUGACGUCUUCUUUUAAGACGAACGUUGGAAUAAUUUCAAGACGUCAUUAAUUGGAUUUGUACGGAUUGUACAUGGAACUCGAUGUGUCUAGUUGUUUAUCUCAAUAACUCUUUCCAAGAGCCGUAUAGAGCAUGAGCCAUGUUUUUGUUGCUCUCUUCUUAGAUGGUACAUGCUUAGAAUACAUUACCCUUUAUGCGAGGAAUAGUUUUUUUAAAUGAGGUAUCAUUCCAGCUCUUACGAUGGGGGUUGUCAUUUCUAAAACCUUUGGUGUCCCCUUUUCUAUCUCGGUCAAGACCGGUGAUCGCAAAGGAGCCGGGACGGACUCCAACGUCGUCAUCGCUCUCUACGACACGGACGGUCGACGGUCAAACGACCUCCACCUCGAUUCCCUCUUCAGGGAUGACUUCGAGAGUGGAGGACGAGAUCGUUUCCACAAGCUCUCCGGCGUGGUCGACUUCGGGACGCUAUCGCACGUUGAACUUUGGCGAGAUUCCAAGGGGCUGUUCGAUGAUUGGUUUUGUGACGUCAUUGACGUGGUUAACAUGAAAACAAAGGAGAGGCACGUCUUUCCUGUCCAUAGAUGGAUACCAGCAAAUAAGAAAAUUAAACUUAGGCCCUUUGAUAUGAUCUUGCCUCAGAAAGAUGAGAUGUUCAACCAUAGGGAAGAAGAAUUGAAAGCUAAAAAAGAAUUGUACAAGCUGACCCACAACAUGGCUAUUCCACAGGUCAAAUCUUUCCCGAAAGACGAGUCUUUCUCUAACGACUACUUGUGGGACCUUGGCAAAAACAUGAUACAGCUAACGUUGAAGGCAAAGAUGACACAGGUCUUGACCGGGAAAUGGAAGUCACUAGAAGACAUCAAAAAGAUUUAUAAACCGCCACUACUCCCCCUUCCUGAGAAAUAUUACAACUGGAGGACGGAUAUAAAUUUCGGAUACCAGCGGUUGACCGGUUGCAAUCCGGGAAUGAUACGACUUUGUACAGAGAUUCCGAAAAGAUUCGCAGUAACCAAUGAGGCUCUGCAGCCGUUACUUGAAAAUAUGACUAUCGAUGAGGCGUUAGUGUACAAACGACUGUUUAUCAUAGACUACGAAUUCUUGAGGGACCUCCCAUGUUCCUACGGUAGAACAAUGUGUGCCCCUACGGCCUUGUUCUAUCUCAACGAUGCAAAGUGUUUAUUACCAGUAGCCAUUCAACUCUUCCCUGAUCCAGCGCCUGACAACCCAGUGUUUUAUCCGACCGACCCGGAGUAUACGUGGCUCCUCGCUAAGAUGUAUUUCAACAACGCAGACGGCGCGUACCAUGAGUCCGCUUCUCAUCUUGGUUUCACUCAUGUCGUAGGCGAAGCCAUCGUAGUUGCAACGCAUCAGUGCCUCUCUCCAUCGCAUCCAGUGUUCCGACUUCUAGCGCCUCAUUUUCUUUACCUUAUUGCUAUCAAUAAUCGGGCUGUUGGCCAACUUAUCAGCCCUGGCGGUCACGUGGACAAGACGAUGGUGAUUGGACGGGUAGGAAUGCUCGAGAUCAUCAAACGGACGUGGUGCAACUGGAGAUUAGACGUUCACGGCUCCCUCAUCGGUGACCUCCAAGACAGGGGUGUCCUCGACCCAGAAGUCCUACCGAAUUACCAUUAUCGAGACGAUGCCUUGUUGGUUAGAAAAGCCAUCAAUGAUUACUGUAGAGCCAUCAUAUCGCAUUAUUAUGAUUCUGCCGAGCAGGUUACAGCCGAUCAUGAGCUUCAGGAAUGGGGGCGGAUCAUUGGCGGAAAAGGAAAAGAUUCUGAUGAAGUCACUGUUGAUAUGAAGGGAUUGCCGAAUGGUGGCAAGUUUAUGAGUGUCGAUGAUGUGGUGGAGACUGUCACUAAUUUCAUGUACAUAUGUAGCGUUGCGCAUGCGUCUGUCAACUUCGGCCAGUAUGACGAGUAUGCCUAUCCUCCGAACUACCCGGCAUAUCUUCAUGGUAAACCACCGACGGACAAGACUCCAUUAACGGAGAAGGACAUUAUUGCUCAGCUACCAGAUAAAGAGGAAACCCUGGAUGUUAUUGUACUUACCAAGAUUCUGAGUAGUAAAGGCACGAACUCUCUAGGCGACUUUGAAGUACAAUAUAUAUACGAUCCACCUGGACUCGAAGCUCUAGACAAAUUCCGGAAAGACCUUAAGGAGGUUGGACGAAUUAUCGAUGAACGAAAUGAGACACGAGAGGUCAAAUACACCUACCUUCAUCCAAAAGUUAUACCGAAUGCUAUCAGUAUUUAGACUCUAAUUAGUCUGUUCUUCAUGUUCUUGAAGUACUAGUCAUUACAUAGAGACAAACUGUCGACGUAAGCCCGCCCCCCCCCCCUUUGAGAAGCAAAAUUAAAAUUUGUAAUGUAAAAAUGCCAUUAAAAUGUGCCCCCCCCCCUUUUGAAAAUAGACCUUUUUUUUUGCUUGUCAAAUUUUUCCUCGGAAAAAUGUGCCCCCCCCCCUUUGGAAAAUCCUGGAUCCACCCCUGAACGUAGUGAACCAAGAAUAUGUGAUUCAAAAUCUGCAUGCCACUUUCUGUGAAAGAAAAUGUACUAAAUGCUGACGUAAUGAGCAAGACUAUGCUCAUACUAGGCUGAUAUAGUCCGAAAAAAGACAAUGUUUUGCUGACGAUUCAGAAAAAAAAUUUGGAACUUUCUUCUGUGUGUAUGAUAGAUGAAUUUACUUUUUGUAAGUCUCCUGAAAAGGGGACGGAGUGAUCUUUUGUGCACCUGUUACUCGUUGCUAUGUCAGAUAAGCUUUGUAUGGUUUUCAAGAAGAGAAUAUGUUGAGGAUAUCACAUUUUGAACGGAUUACCGAACUGCCCAAGAUAAAGGAAUGUGAACUGAUGAGAAAACGAGUGUUUUCUGAAAUCUCGACUUCAGGAUGGUCCGCAAUUCGAAGACUUUACUCAUACAGGUGCUUACACAAAACCACAAAACCGAAGGAAGGACGUGUUCGAUUGGAUUCACAAACACUGGGCCAAUGUUAACUAAGGUUUGAUUACCCCUAGCCCAGGUCAGUCAUCGAACUCUCAGGAACAACUUCCUCUGCCAGAUUUCAGUGAGAUCAAUACAUCUAGUUGACGUUAGCCAAACAAUGGAGUAAACGAGCAUUGCGUCAGAAACACCAAAUUGACUUCAUGCAACAAGGAAAUUAACUAGGAAGAGUGCAUUGGUGAAAUUUUUGUCGUUUUUUCACAUUUCUUCGUUUUUGUUUGAAUGAAAGGACUGCACGUAGCGAUGUUAAUCUUAUUCCCUUUGUUACAAUACUAGAGAUUUUUGUCACUGGAAUUGACUUGAUAUUAAGUUUAAUUAAUUACAUAACGAAACAAACCCCGUCCGUUCCAUCCUUACCAGACGAACUAUUCUGAAUUCCGGUCCUAAAUAAAUUAAAACUCAACAAUCCUCUGUCAAUAAUAGGUAAAAAAAAAAACACAUUUUUUUUACCCAAAUGAUUACGGGAGAAAGGAACUUUCUCAUAUUGUGUAUAAUUCACUCUUAGUCUUCUAUUUCUAGUAGUCCUUCAUAGAACUUUGUAAAUAAAAAAAUUUCCAUAUUGUUGUAAAAAGCUUUUUAUUAUGCAUCCUUUCCACCCUUUCUUGCCUUUGCACAAUAGCUAUGAAUGCUUAUUAUUUGAACUGUAUAUCAAUUUAGACCCAUUUUAACUGUUGUCGAUAGCACUAACAGAAUUCUAUUGAUAUUUUAUUUUUAUAAGGAAAAACAUUGAAGCUAGUUAUUAACACAUAAGUGAUGAAUAAUUUGUGUUAAUUUAUAUGACCAUAUUCUUUUCUACUUGCAUGCCCAUUACCUGAAUGUAUAUACUGCACAUGUAGUUACUUUAUAUAUGUUAUAUAUUGCGCACAAUACUUUCUUAAAUCAAAGAUGAUCACUUUUUAUGAUUUUAAUGAAAUUGUAUUUAACCACUUUGUUGACAUCAUUCUUCAUCGGAGACUGAAGGAAUAUGCUUCUAACUUUGUUACAGGAAUUAAUCGUGGUUUUGUCAUAAUUCCCUGGAGAUAAGAAUGAUUUAUUUUAACAUAAUAAAUACGAAGGAACCCAAAGAAAUUGUCUAAAAAUUACUAAACGAAGUUAAGUUUGACCAUCUUUGAAAGUUAUUCGAAAAUUUUGUUUUUCCAAAAUACUCAAAAAAGAAUUGUACAACUGCAAUCAUAAGAAUGAAAUGAUUUCAUAUAAGAUGUGUAAAACCUUUUGUAAGUACAGCUUGUAUUAUAGAAGAGUUAUUAACAGUGCACUAGGUUGUUUUCAUCUGUUUCUCAUUAUGAAUACUUUAAUGUGUUGUAUCAUUACCAUUUCACUAAAUCUAUUUCCGUUAAUGAAUACAAAAAAUAAUAAACUAACCACAUCCUCUAAAAGUUUUCUGAUUUCAUUCUUUUUUUAUUUCAUUUUUGUUUUCGUCUUUUGUUUGGUUUACCUUGCCAGUUUUAGACUUUGAAUCCGUUGGGUUUUAUUUGAAUGAUUAUACACAGGUUUAACCAAUGACUAAACAUGAAAUUUAUUCCACUCACCUAUUAAAUAAUAAGUUUCAUUCAAUAUUCAUUAAAAAGGAUAAUAUACCAAGGAAUCCAUUACCCUUUUCGGUGAUGCCCAACCCCAUCCCUACAACGCACACUGUAACCCACACCCACCCCAUCACACACGCAUACAUUUUGCCAUUGUUUACAUAGUAUUCGCCAUGCACCAUACUACGCACACUUACAACGGCACCCAUCUUAAUCGCAAAACCUAGGCAUUUUAUAUUGUUUUGAUAUAUACUCUCCCACACACACUGUAACCCAAACCCACCCGCACACGCAUACAUUUUGUGACUGUUUUUCUGGUAUUCGCCAUACACACUACCUUACAUACUUUGAUCAGCACCCUCUCGUUGCAAAACCUAGACAUUUUGAAUUAUUUUGAAAUAUACUCUCUCCACACACACACACUGUCACCACACCCACCCGCACACAUUUUGUGUCUGAGUUUAGGGUACUCACCAUACACCAUGCUAUUUCACCCGCACCAACUCUUCACAAAAUGUACACAUUUUUUUAUACUCGCCUAUACUCCCUCCUACACACACACACACACACCCCCUUCCACACCCGCCCAUCACACCCACACACAGUUUGUCCUUGUGUUUUUAUGUGAUGUACAAUCCUACACGUACCCCCUAAUAUCUACAGACCUUUAACCAUACCUCACAAGUUUUUAAAGUAUUUUCCCAGUAAUAAUGGAUCCCCUCACACACACCCUUUUAUGCUCGCUACUACAGUACUUGUACUACAGCUCUUAAAAAUAUUACUAUCACUACACAUAUAUCUCUAAUAUCACUACAUCUACUACUGCCUUUACCAUCACUACCACUACGUUCACUACUACUGCUACUACACCACUUCUUUUGCCACUGUUACUAAUACUACUACUACCACCACCACUACUAUUUCUACAACUACUACCACUACCACCACCACUACUUUUUCUACUACUAAUACUACUACUUCUGAGACUGCUGCUGCUACUACUAUUUCUACUAUGACUAAUUGCAGCAGCUGCUGCUACUUCUACUUCUACUACUACUACUUUGGCGACGACUCUACUUCCUCUACAAUUAUUCCUAGUUCUACUACUUAUUUUACCACUAUCACUACUUCUACUAUUACCAUUACUCGGACUACUAUUACAUGUGGUACAAGUAAAGUCUGCUGGUGAUGAUGUUGCAUAGCCAUAGCAGUAAUAGUAGUCGUAGUGUUGGUGGUAGUGCUUUGUUAUUUUAGUCGUGCUUGUUUUUUUUGCUAUAACCUCUAAUAAAACAAAAUCAACUCGUUUUUUUAUUUCAUUCUAUGCUCUCAGUUUUAUUUUCAAUAGUGUUAUCUUUUAGUGCUUGACACACAUUAAUGUGAUCAAUUUUCAUUGAUUGAUCUUAUCUCAAAGCAAUAACAAUGUACAGGCUGCCUACAUUGUUAUGAGAGACGGACAACUACAUAGUCAAACAGAUACACUCAAACUCCUAAACACGAGUAAAAGCACAUAACGCCCUUGUCUAGCGUUUUUUUUCUUCUAUCAGUUUUGGCUACAAUAACUUUUGGGCUUGAAUAAUGAAGUACACAGUUUCACAAUGGGAGCAAGCCGAGAACAAUCACGGGUAUAUUCAAUACUUGGCUAGGAUUUUAUAAUAGUCUUACGCCAUUUCACAACUCUAUUUACUUCUAAUUAUAUCAGUGGUUCCAUAAACAUUCAUGCAAUUAUAUUACAGACAUUCUAUGGGUUGGGGCAGCCAUUUUACAUUUGCUUUUCUAAUGUCUUAACUACGUUUUGAAAGAUUAGUUUGAGUAACAAAAAUAAAUUUUACUUAAUUUUUCUAACACCCAUUUUUAUUUAUUACAUUACUAUCUGACAAGCUAUGUAUAAUUACAUGUACAAGCAAA